AUGACAGAAAACGAGGAGCUACUGGCCAGGAUCGGUCAGCUCGCAGGCCGGAUCAACCAGCACAAAAAUCAACAAUCGCAGCAAAACCCCCACCAGUCCCAACAUGUGUCGCGUCAUGCGUCCACACAUCAAGGAUGGGCACCUUACUCGCGAGGUCGAGGUGGUCGCCGUCCUCCAGCUCCCCACCGACACCGCACGCUGGUUCUGAACAAUGGUCAUGGAUCUACCGCAAGCUCGACUCCCUCUCCUACCCCUGCGACCGAUAAUAACAGCGAGACGCGGCCUCCGACAACAUCAAGUGGAUGGGUUGCCAAGCGCGAUCGCCACAUGCAAUUGAUCAACGCCAAGGUUUACGACAAAGAAACUCAGGCCAGAGCAAAGGCUAUGGAAGAGACGCGCAAGGCGAAGGUUCUGCAACGAGCUCAACGCGAACAGACAAAGGUGCUUCGGUAUGCGCAGGGCGCUGCAGGUGCUUCCUCGGUGGCCUCUACUGCGCAGCCUGUCGCCCACCAGAUUCUUGUCAACGAUACACCUUUCCAGAUUGCGCGCGGUGGCAGCAAGCUGAUUCGCAUGGACAAUGAUCCAAACAAAGCGAACACCACCCCCAAGCGAGUCACUGUCGCGGGUGUCGCCUUUGUUCGAAGCAAGCACGGGAACCUCCAUCGACUUGGUGCCGUUACCUCGAAGACUACCCCGAAUCCUGCCAAAAAGAAGAACGAACUGUGCAAGCGAUUCACCACGACCGGUCUCUGCUACAAAGGCCCAUCGUGCCUGUACGUCCACGACCCCAACAAAGUGGCUAUUUGCAAGGAUUUCCUCCAGACAGGCCAGUGCAGUGCAGGUAACAGCUGUGAUCUCUCCCAUGAGCCUUCGCCUCAUCGUUCUCCCUUCUGUUUGCAUUUCCUUCGAGGACGUUGCGCCAACCCGGAAUGCCGCUAUGCGCAUAUCCGCGUUACCCCAGGGGCCCCCGUCUGCCGCGCUUUUGCGACUCUUGGAUACUGCGAAAAGGGCGCUGAAUGUACCGAGCGCCACGUCCACGAAUGCCCGAACUACGCGAACACCGGAAGCUGCAAUAAGAGGCGCUGCAAGUUGCCUCACGUGGAUCGGGCCGGCCAAAUUCGUGCUGCGGCGGCCGCGGCUGCGAACCGCACGGAGGAAGAUUCUGACCCAUCUAGCGAAGAAGAGGACUACGAUGCGAUCGACUCGGACGACGUCGACUCGGACGAGUUUGAAGAGCCCGAACUGGUGAUUGGAGGUGAGGAUACCGGCGAGGUGUCGGAGCAGCAAGACUUUAUCCACCUCUAG